CGCCGAACUUUCCGCCCUCUUUGACGCCGCCGGCAACAUCUGCUUCAAGUACCUACUCCCCAACGAUGAACUCGAUGCCCUCAUCUCCGUCACCGGUGACAACGACCUGAACAACAUGAUGCUCGAGUAUGAUAAUCUCUACAGAGAUUCCCCUAAAAUCGCUCGCAUAAGGCUCUUCGUCUUCCCUGGCAACCAUUUCAAUUUGGAUCGCAAUCCCGCUUCCACCGAAACCCUAAAAACCAAGAAGACAGUCAAACAAAACUCCAAAGUCAACGGCGACAGUUUAGUUGUUGUUCUUCCGCCUCCGCCAGUUGAUGUUAAAACAGAGCGGAUUGAUUGUUCUGAUCCGACCCGAUUUAAUAGCCUGUUAUCUGCUGCAAAGUAUGAUGUGUUUCUGAGCUUCAGAGGCGAAGACACACGCAACGGUUUCACUUCCCAUCUUUGUAAAGCUCUGUCGCGAAAGCAGGUAAAGACCUUCGUGGAUUUUACUGUUCAGAAGGGAAAUGAGAUCUCUGCUUCGAUCCACCAAGCAAUUGAAGAGUCGUUCGUAUCGGUGGUUGUGUUCUCGGAGAACUAUGCUUCUUCAAAGUGGUGCUUGGAAGAGCUUGUGAAAAUAAUGGAGUGCAGUAAAGAAAAUGGACUGGUUGCUGUUCCUGUGUUCUAUAAAAUAGAUCGAUCACAUGUGCGGAAGCAGCUUGGAAGUUACAGUGAAGCAUUAAAGAAGUUACAGAAUAAUAGCAUGAAGAAGGUUCAGAAAUGGAGGGAAGCUCUCACUGAAGCAGCAAAUUUAUCUGGGUGGGUCUCCAGCUCCUGCAGGGAUGAGUCUGAGCUCAUUCAAAAGAUUGUGAAAGACGUUUUGCAGAAGCUGAUUGAUCACAACCCACCGAAUGAUAUUAAAAGUUUUGUAGGUAUUGACGGAAAUCUUAAAGCUAUAGAUUCGUCGCUAAGAGAAGUCCUUGAAGUCCAAACAAGAAUGAUUGGGAUUUGGGGCAUGGGUGGGAUAGGAAAGACCACUCUAGCAAAACUUGUAUUCGAGAAAUACUCUUAUCAGUAUGAAGGGUCCUGCUUCUUGGAAAAUGUUAGAGAAAGAUCAGAAAAAUAUGGACAUGCGCUACAUGAAUUACGCAAUGAACUUUACUCAGAGUUGUUGCAGGAAAAUAAUUGCAAAGACAGCACAAGAAUAUCCACCAAUGCUAAGGAAAGGCUCCGCAGUCAAAGAAAUUUCAUAGUUCUUGAUGACGUGAGUUGUUCAAAGCAAUUAAAAUACCUUGUUGGGGAGCAUCAAUGUUAUGGUCCAGGUAGUAAGAUCAUUGUCACAGCUACAGACAAGAGUGUAUUUGCUCAAUGGGAAGAUGAAGAAAUAUAUGAGAUGAAGGUGUUAAAUUCUAAAGACUCCCUUACAUUGUUUAGCUUGAAUGCAUUCAAUCAAGACCAUCCGAAAAUGGGAUAUGAAAAGCUAUCAUGGGAAGCAGUUAAAUAUUGUGAAGGUUUACCAUUAGCUUUAAAAGUAUUGGGUUCUUUUCUUCGUUCCAAGAGUGAAACUGAAUGGGAUAGUGCAUUGCAAAACAUCAAGAAGAUUCCUGAUGCACCAAUUCAAAAUGUAUUAAGGUUGACUUAUGAUGCAUUAAAUUAUGAGGAGAGAGAAAUUUUUCUAGACAUUGCAUGUUUUUUUAAGGGAUUCCUUAAAGAACACGUAGUUAGUCUGUUAGAAAGUUGUGGCUUCGAUGCAGCUAAUGGCAUGAGGUCCCUUCAUGAAAAGUCUCUAAUAGCUAUAUCUGAUAAUUCUCUGAGGAUGCAUGACUUGAUCCAUGAAAUGGCUUUGGAAAUUGUUCGCAAAGAAUCUAUCAAAAAUCCUGAAUAUCGUAGCCGUUUGUGGGACUAUAAUGAUAUUAGGGAUGUUUUGGGAAACAACAAGGGAACCGAUGCAAUUGAAAGCAUAAUGUUAGAUAUGUCUCAUAUAGAUGAUCUACAGUUGAGUGUUGACACAUUCAAAAAGAUGUCUAGAUUAAGAUUGCUCAAAUUGUAUGACUCGUCAGAGAAGAAUGGUAAAUUAAGUAAUCUGCAGCUUCCUAUAGGGUUGAAGCCAUUAAGGUACUUUGAAUGGCAUGCGUACCCUUUGCCGACUCUGCCAUCAAACUUUUGUCCCGAGAAGCUUGUUACCCUCCGUAUUCAGAACAGUCAACUUGCAAGACUAUGGGAUGGAAAGCAGAAUCUUGUGGAUUUAGAGGAAGUAGAUCUAACUGGGUGCCAAAAGUUGGUAGAACUCCCAGAUCUCUCUAAAGCAAAAAAUCUUAAAAGUGUACAUCUGUCCAACUGUAGAAGUUUGGCCCAUGUCCAUCCAUCUAUUUUAUCACUUGGCAAGCUUGAGCUUUUGGAUCUAUUGAAUUGCAUUAAGCUUGAAAUGCUUGGAAACAAGAAGCAUUCAAGAUCUCUUAAGCACCUGUGCGUUGCUGGCUGCUCAAAUUUGUUAGAAUUUGCUCUAUCUUCAGAAGAAAUAGAAUACUUGGAUUUAAGCCACACUGGCAUCAAAGUAUUGCACCCAUCCAUUGGGCGUUUCACCAAAGUGAAAGAGAUAUCUCUUCGUGGGAUAAGACUUAAGAAUCUUCCAGACGGGUUGUCUCGCUUGAAAUCUCUCAUUUCAAGCGAGAAACUUUCGCUCUUUAAAUGUGGAAGGGUGGUUUCCAAGCAGAAAUUACAUGAUAUAUUUGAUGGCUUGCAAUCAUUGCAAAACCUGUCUCUGGUGAACUGUGAUAGUCUAUUUGAACUCCCUGGAAAUGUCGGCCGCUUAUCAUCGUUACAAAAGUUACAGUUGGAUGGAAGCCAUGUGGAGACUUUGCCUGGGAGCAUCAAGCAUCUUCCAAAUCUGAAAACACUCUCAUUAAUAGGUUGUAAGAUGCUUCAAUAUUGGCCAGAGCUUCCUCCAUCCAUUCGACAUUUGAAGGCCCUAAACUGCACAUUGCUGCAAAAAGUAGCAUUUGGUUUAUUUAGUUAUGAGCUACAAGAAGAAAAACGCGUAAGUAUUUCGUUGCAGAAUUGUGUGAAUUUGGAUGUGGAGAACUGUAUUUAUUCAUUCCUUCAACAUGUAAGAAAACAGGCAUAUGAAUGUGAAUUUAGGAGGAGAGGAGUAGGAAGAGAAAACAUUGUAGUUUGGAGAAGUGACUUCUUUAAAAUUUGUUACCCGGACUCCAGAGUACCAGAGUGGUUCACAUAUCGGGCAGUGGGGUCUUCUAUUACUUUUGAAGUUGCUCCUCCUUCCAGUUACUAUUUUGGUUCGCUUCUCUGCAUUGUUCUCUCUUCGCACAGUUUGGAUUUCGAGCUUGAUAUUAAAUGCAGAUGCUACUUGGAAGAUGGAAAAAUGCACAAGUAUUCGCUUGGCAUAUUAUUUUUAAGUCACGUUCCAGUGGAAGGGCAUUCAGAUCAUGUUUAUAUGACGUAUAACUUCAACGGAAUCUUCGAUGUGAUCAAGCUGGACCAAUUGAAUAAUAAGAUUGCCUCCUCCGGACAUAAACCAAAACUCACCUUUGAAUUCUUUGUUAGCAGUGGCAUGGCUCGGGGAAAAAAAGAUUUAAAUUUGUUGAUCAAAGAGUGUGGUGUCUAUCCGUUAAAUGACUCCAAUAAUUGCGUGGAAUAGAUAAUCUUUUGGUGUUGGGGGAUAUAUAACAAUAGGUGAGACCACUGAAUUGUGGGGUGUUGGAGUUGGAAGUUCCAAUUUGCAAUGACUGUACUCUCCCGCAAAGAUAAAGGAGUUCGGCUAAAUGUGUAAAGACACCCUUCUUUCUUUCAAUUUUAUAUUUGGUCUAUUGAAUGGCCUAUUUGACAAGAUGACUCUGUGUUAAAUUUAACAGUAAAUAAAUUUCAAAAAAUUAUAUGAUUGAAGAUUUUAAAGUUUUAAUACAAUGUGUUAUUGAAAUAUAUCAUAAAAAACUUAUAUUGAAAUUUUAUUUUAUUUAUUGUUUAUAAAAUGCAUUCUUGAGGUAAUAAUUAACAACAUAUUUCAAUUAUUCAAGUUUAAAAAAAAAAUCAGUUAUUGUAAUAAUUUGAUUUGACAUGAACUAUUAUAAGCCAAGGAGAGGUUACCUUGCAUGAGGCCUCUAAAUAUUUAUGUAUGAUCUUUGUUUUGUUUUGUUUUUUUGUUUUUUUUGUUUUUGCCUCCCCCAAUUAUGCUUUGCACGUAGAGAGCUCUUAAGGACGUGUUUUCAAAUUUUGUUUUGUUUUGGUAGAUAUACAGGUCCAGGUCUGGUAGCUCUCCCCCUCCUCCAACACUCACAUUUCUCUCUUUUUUAUUUUUAUUUUUGUUAUUAUCUUUUAAUGUUUCUAAACUCUAAUAAUUAUUGUUGGAAGUCAAAGAAAAGCUUUUAUUAAGUCUUAUCUUCCUCCUAUUUUUGUUACUGAUAUAGUGAAUAUUGUUGUUUGAUUUUUUUUCCUCUUUUUUUUUUUUUAAAUAUCGUUAAAUGAAAGUACAAUAGCAAGGUUUCUGUCACAAAUGAGAUUGUGCACAUUGCACAAUGAAUCAAUUGGGGUGACUGUAGCGGCUGAGGAGGAGCACCAAGAUUAAGUAUUCAAGAGGAUGGUUUGUAGCUUUUCUCUGCCUGGCACAGCUGCACACAUGGGUAAAUGAUGGAAAGAGAAGUCAACGAAGAAUGGUGUCUAAAUCAGGAUGGAAAUUCUAUUCUCUGAAUUGCACAAGUCAGUACAACACUACCAUAAAGAGUCUACAGGCUGCUCUGCUGCUCUCUUCUCUGGGUUCUCUUCUCAAAAGGUUGAAGCAGGAAGCUCUUAGCCUCAUCCAGAUGUCCUCCUGUUCUUGCGUUUUUCACUUGCCUAGACCCACAAGCCACAACCACACCCAAGAAUUGGCAGCACCACUAGUGCGGCCCGGAGUUAUUGCUGGAGAAUACAACUGAUGGUGUCUCUGGUACUCCCCCUAGAUUGUGUGGUCACCUUAGGGAAGACAACCGAUCACAGCACCACCCAAAACUGCAGCAUUGCUGGCUCUUCAUUGGCCCUUAGAAUGGCAUCAAGGUGUAGCUGCGACGGAAAAGGAGUUUUUCUUUGAAUCUUUGUGUGAUUAGAAGUUAAAACAUAUAAUUUCUUUUUGAAAUAGUAAGUUCAAUUGUUUUUCUUAUUCUUAUGAUCUAAUUAUCCUUCGUUCUGCAAUUAUGACAUUUUAGAUUGAAAAUAUUUUGUUUGGUGA